AUGGACUUGCGUGGGAAACUGAGCGAAUGUCGCUCCGCAUCGCACGACACCCUGCGGAGUGGCAUGCCCUCGCCGCGGGUUGCGCACUUCGACGGUGAAGUGCCGCCUGCCCUCUCCCCCCUCGAUGCCUUCGCCGCACAGGGUCGAUUUCUGGCCCGACAGCUCGACGAGUCUCGCCGUGGAGACCGACGCAUGAGCCGACUGCCACCAUCGAGUGUGGCUCGAUCGCUUUCACAAGGCCGCCCGGGCUUCUACCGUUCCAAAUCAUCCACUGAACGCCACGGCGACCUGACGGGUCAGCCUACCACCGAGCUUACCCGCAAACCUACGCAGAAAGGCCUCCCCGAAUUCGAGGAGCCCAAGUACCGACCCAUCUCCGAACACCCGCGCUUCAGUUCGGUUUCAAAUGCGAGCACCGAGGCGAGUAUUUGGGAGGAUGACACCAUGACGCCCCGGACAUCAAUGCUUCAGUCGAGCCCGCAGGUGUUUGAGAUGCCUCGUGCGGAAUCCCCAGAGGAGGUUGCGUCGCUGGCGAGUGGAGCAGAGGACGCGCCUGUUGGUGUUGCUUUGACGGAACCUCGAGGCUCGUCGACCGACUCCGGAUCGCGCCUGCACAUCCCCCGGACCUUGGCACCACCUGUGUCGCCGCACUCGCGAUCAACUAGCACUACGAAAGUUGCACAAACCGAGAGCUCCGAUGACGACUACAGCAGCUCGAACGGCGGGUCGACGUUCUCCAAGCCUCGCAAGAUGUCAUCUGGAAGUGCGGUAUCAUUGCCGUAUUCCCCCAUGUCAACAUACCCCACCAGACCACACCCUCGAUCACCCUCGAUGAGCUCCGAAACCUCGAAUACCGGAAAUCACCAUCUGCCACGCCCGUCUUUCAACUUCUCCCGUCCGCUCAGUCGGUCUAGCACGAGCUUGUCCGCCCAAUCUGCCCCUGGAGCUUCAACGGGUUCUGAGCCCACCAUUGCUCACCAACCCAACCAGAUGCAGCGUCGUAGCAAGCCCGCUCCGAUUCUCCUGCCAUUAGCGACUGAAGAAGCAGGCAAAGUGCCCCCUUGUGACGGCGAUCCGCUUUCUGCUGUGUCGUCCUACACAUAUGCUAGUUAUUCGCUUCCCCGUGGACGUGGACUUUCGAGAGAUUCGGUGGUGUUCGCAGGCUUACAAACUCCUCAUUUUGAGUGGGCAGAGCCAUUGUUUGAGAAGACACCUCCUCGCAAUUCUGAGGAACCACCCCGAACGGCACGGACGCCUUCACCUUCUCCACGCCCUCGAUUCGACCACUCACCUAAGCCUCAUUCUAUGCAUGAAGUCCCUGCCUCAAAUACGCCUCAGCCUCAAACGCCCAAGCAUGAACAUAUUCCACCACCUCCGCCUGUCCCUACUUCAGUAGAAAAGAAGACACAGAAAACCCCAGAGAAAAAGCCAGAGACGACAGUGCCCCGGCCCUCUACUGAAACAGCCCGAUCAACGACCAACGAGAAAGAUGAAACCGUCUCGUCUGCCGAUUCCGCUAGCACCAUGCGACCUCAGACUGCUACCGCCCAGGUAACAGCCUCUGGUCUCACAGCCGAUGAUCACGUUGCCAAGGGCAUCGAAUGUCACGAGAGGGGAUCAUUGAGUGAAUCGACAUAUCACCUGCGAGUUGCCGCGAAACAGAAUCAUCCGACGGGAAUGCUGCUUUACGCGCUGGCCUGCCGGCAUGGCUGGGGCAUGCGGUCCAAUGAGCAGGAGGGUGUACGGUGGUUACGCAAAGCCGUCGAUUCCGUUGGAUUGGAAAUGCUCGCUGAUCCUGAUGCUCCUGGCGCUUCCAAGGCGAAGGAGCUGCAGAAAGCAUACCGGGCUCAAUUUGCUUUGAGCAUUUACGAGCUGGGUGUCAGUUAUCUGAACGGGUGGGGUAUUGAGCAGGACAAGUCCCUUGCUCUGCGCUGUUUCGAGAUUGCCGGUCAGUGGGGUGAUGUUGAUGCCAUGGCCGAAGCUGGAUUCUGUUAUGCGGAAGGUGUUGGCUGUAAGAAGGACAUGAAGAAGGCCGCGCGGUUCUACCGUCAGGCCGAGUCCAAGGGUAUGAGCAUGGUUGGAAACAGCUGGAUCUACAAAGACAAAUACAUGGCUGAGGCCGAUGGCAACUCCCGCUCCCGUGGCCGAAAUGCCAGCAGCGAGAAGGAGAAGAAGCCACGGAGCAAGUCACGUACUCGCAGUAUCUUCCAGCGGAAGAAGUCUAUAGUUCCAGAGGCAUAG